AAAUUCCUGGAGGAGCAGCAGCUCGCUCAUGGUGAAGAAAAACCCGUGACUCCAACAUCCGCCUCGUCGGCUCCGCAGUGGCUGAUCUCCGACGUCUUCUUUGGGUGGGCCACGUCAACGGCAGAGAGUAUAGGGAUUCGUAAUUUCACUUUCACGACGUGUGGCGCGUACGGAAGCUUGGGGUACAUAUCGCUGUGGAUGAAUCUCCCUCACCGGAAACAGAGGAUCGUCGAUUCCGACGGUCCCGACGGCGAGGAGAACUUUUCAAUUCCCGGGUUUCCUAAACAUUGUCGAUUUACGAUGAGUCAACUGCCACAAAUAUUCAGAGAUGCCGAUGGUAAGGAUCCUUGGUCGGAGUUUUCCGGCCGCAGAUUGCGGGGUCGAUGGAGUCCGUCGGAUGGCUGUGCAACACGGUGGAGGAAUUCGUGGGUUCGGGUCACUAUUUUAUUUUAUUUUUUAUUUUUUAUGGUAAAUGAGUUGGAAAUUAAAAUAUAUUAA